AUGAAAAGCAUCUGUGCUGCCUGGCUAAACUUCAGCCCCACAUCGUGGGUGUUUGAUAUCUUUCUCGCCUUCUUGUGUGGGGUGGGGCUCUUUCUCCUGUUACUCCCCUGCCUCCAGAGCCACCCGCCCUUACCGCUAUCUAGGAAACACAGAAACAUCAGGAAGUGUCAAACAGAACCUUGGGGGAAAAAGAGGAACAAAAAGAAAAUUGGAAAUGUGGAAGCUUAUAGAACUUGCCUGAGACAACUAGAGGGGGCUCGCAGUCUGCUUUCACUUCUGCAAAGCAAUCUGGUGAAGAGCCAAAACAAGAGCAGCUUUCAUCAGCUCUUACCUCAAGACAGUCCUGAUGAGGUGUGCAAAGGAGUGUCUGCUGGAGCCCAGUGGCCAUGUGAGAAGCAUGUGGACCAUAAUACUCCUGCCAUGUCUCCAUCAACACCCCCAGCGCCUCUGACUGGGCACUCUCUACCUCUGGCCUCUACCUUUUCACCGGGUCCAAUCGCCUCUUCGGUUUCUGGUAGUUCAUAUGUAUCCCUGAGUGGUUCUCAGCCACCAGAGUCUCUCCCCACACUGGAAGAUUCUUCACCUCCACCACUCUCCCCUCCUCCCUUGCACCCAUCUGUAUCAGGGGUCCAUCCUCCACUUCCCCUAGCUUCCUCCACUCCUCCAUUGACAAACUCUGUUCGGCUUCUUCCUCAGUGUGACUCACUGGCAGUGUCACUGAAUGCAGCCACACAGAGAUCCUCUCCAAACCCUCCAUGGUCAGCUUCUCCCCUUCCAGCCAUCUCAGGCCUUGGUCACUCAAGCUGUCCGAAACCAGGCUUCUCCUGGUUGCAGGCAGCAGCCAAAUCCUUGUGCGUCUCAACCUCACCACACAGUGAGUCCCAACAAGAACACCUUUCCCAUCCCCCACCAGGGACCUCACUCUGGGGAGACCCCAUAAACAGACAGACAGAAGUUGAUAGCCUCUCUUUGCUCAACUCUAAUGACCGGGAGCUCCUAGGGAUCCAAGUCACAAAAAGAGUCGAGAUCAAGAUUUGGAACGAAAAUGAAGAUGGGUCCUAUUCAAGACAAAUAAGCCCGGAUUACCACCUGAAUCCUUUGGGGCAUAUGUUGAAAUCACUGAGUUCUGAGCAGGAUGUUAUAACCCCCCACCUCUUCUGGAAUACAAAAGGCAAAUCAGGUCAUUUGCCUAGGCCUCAGCAGCUCUCAUAUCCCAACGUCUUGGGAAACCAUCUAGAGCAGAAAUAUAACCAGCUUUUCUGGGGUCUCCCAUCUCUGCAUAGUGAAUCCCUCGUGGCUACCGCCUGGAUCUCUGAGAGCUCUUCAGCCCUACAGUCUCCCACUUUCUUAUUCAAUGGAUUUGCUCAUACUUGUCCAGUUCAAAUACAGGCUAAAAUAUCUUCACUGCUUUCCCAGUCCCCACCCCCAUCCCACCUGGAAUGCCAAUCUCAGCCCUUGGUUCCAACCAAAUCUCAAUUGCAGUCCCCAACUUUUACUCAAGUUCAGACCCAGGACCAUCUCCAGCCCUCUGUCCCAAUUCUACAACCAUCUUCUCCACCUCAUACUAGUGCCUGUGGAAUUUCUUACUCUACCUCCCAGAGUAUGUCACAGUCUCUCAGCCCAACUGAGAUUCAGCAUCCAGAAUGGCCCAUGUUGCAGAAGCAACUAGAAAGUGGAUGGACUUUAUCUUCUGUUGUCAAAUGUUCUCAGGAAGUCUUUAAUGUCUUCAGCCCCAGCCCUUCUGUAGACAACUGGGUAGUCUCCAUUGUUCCGGAUAAUUUUCCCAUCAGUCCUGAACUCCGGAAGCAACUAGAGCGUCACCUCCAAAGCUGGCUCAUCCAACACCGGUGGGAAUUGCCCCAAAGGAUCCAAGAGUCUCUGGAACUAAAACAGCUUCGGGGUCAGUUACCAAGGACAUGCCAGGCAAAGGUCACACAGAGAUUUUCACACCCCUAUGUGUUUACAGGUGAAAGCAGUAAGAGCACACAGAAAGCAGGGUUUCCACUCAGGAGAGACAUGAGACGAAGUUUGGGAGAUAUUCUGGGGAAGGUACCCAAAGAUCUCUCUAGGUGUUCAGAAAAUUCCCUAGUAAAGGUUUGGGGGGUGAACUCUGACGAGUCAGAGAUUGACUUGGGAAUGUCAAGUAGUAACUCAGGGAGUGACUUACUAAAUCGUUUAGACAAGAAUCUAGACCAUAUCCUGAAAAUUCAUUUGAGUAGAAAGUUGGGCAGGAUCACUGAGCAUUUGAUCCCUCUGACUAUGCAUCAUUCCUCACCCGCAGUCCAUCAGGGUCAUAUGAAGAAGGAAAAUCUAGAUAUUUUAAAGGGUGGGUACCAUCCUGUAAACACCUCCCAUAGGCUCCCCUUCCUGGACGCCCACACUCAAGAAUUGUUGGAAGCACAUAUUGUAAAGGUUUGGGUGAAGCACAAGUGGCGUUUACCUCUCAAGGUCCUAAAACCCAUAAAUCUCUUUAAGAUGAUAAAAGCUUGGCCCUCACCCUUUUUGCAAUUUAACAUCUCUCCCUCAGCAACCACUGUGCAUAGGGGCCAGUCAAGAGUGAGGUUUGCCAAGGUCCAGGGAGAAUCUUCUCAAGCUCAAGAAUCAGUCCCCAUUUUAGAAAAAACUGUGCUUGCCUCCUCACCCACGUGUGAAGAAAUCCAGGGUCACAAACAGCCUUCUCCAUCUGUCACUAACCGUCAGAGUAGUCACAUGGAGUGGAACAAGAGAGGUCGUACGGAGUCAAGUCCUACUUCAGCCACAGGGAGGAAUGAGUCAGGAGAAGAGAGUCAUAGCAGUUGGACCUCACAAGAUGCCUGCCAUGAGGUAAAAACACAGGUGAACUUAGGAUCCCAAAUGAAAGCUAAAGAGAAUGAAAAUGUGGUAGAGGCCAAGGACUCACUAGACCUUCAACCACAGUCUAGAGCUGUCUGGGAUCAUAGUAUGAUGUCAACAUCCCAAACUGAAAAUGUGCCUGUGAGGACAUUCGAGUCUCUUGGUUCCAUUAAAAAUCCCCUGCUCUCCCAAAUGCCUGUUUUCCAAGAUCCAGGAGAGCCAUGCCUCACCAAGGAAGUUGUAAGUGAGCUUAAGGCCAAAGUAGAAGCAAAAUCAAAGAACCAGCCUCAAGAUUAUCCCACACAUGAGCUCGUUGUUGCAGAUAACAUGAUUUCUUGGGUGCCCAAGUCUUAUAACCAGAUGACGGCUGGAGACAGACUGGCUUCCCCAGUGUGCUCUGACUUUGUCACAGACCAAAAAGAAGGAGACAGAGGCCAGCAAGAGCCUGGUAUUUUAAAAUUUCAAGACUCAUGGAAGAGACAGAACAAAAUGACUGAUAAUAUGUAUGUGAGAGAGGACUAUAGGAAAUUCAACCCCAGAGAGUAUAGUGGGUUUGAAAAUUGGCAGACCUCUCAAGUCGGAUAUAAGAGCUGCCCUGCCCCAGUUGGGGAAACAGGAAAGAAUCAGGGAAGCAAAUAUCUCAAGAAACAGGCUCCUUCAGAAAGCAUCUUCAGAAAAAAGUUAAGACUCUUUUUUCAGUGGAUUUUCUCCAAUAAAAAAGGCAAAGAUCAGGACCUUCUGCUAAAAGACAAAUACACAGUAGCUACUUCCCACAAUCAUGGAUCAGACAAACGCAGAUGCACAGUGAAUGGUGAGACUGCUGAGGCUCAGGCACUGAUGACAGCUGUUGGGCAGAUUCUAGAAGAGAAAAUGGCACUUAACCAUGGGUGUCAAGGCACAAAGUUAGAUGGACAGGGACAGGAAGUCCAGUGUUCAGUAUGUAGGUGCUUCCACUACCACAGGCCUGCCUUCCAUUCAGCACAAAGGAGAAUGAGUAAUACAACCUGCAGUCACCAAGGCACUUCCAAAAGCCGGGGUUAUUCUACCAGAGAAAGCCAAAUCAGGCACCGACAUUCUCUGAAAAGUGUCAGGUUCAAUGAUGAGCAACUAGGCCUGAAGCGUUCUCCAACUUUGUCCCCCAAGAAGACCUUGUCUCCAAUUGGUCCCUACAAGUUUCAAUCAGGGAUGCCAAUUCUCUCCAGUCACCACUGCCACCACCACUGCCCAAGGCACUGUUUUCUUCAGAGUAACAUCUUUCCUGGUAAAUCAUAAAAUGUUUCUCUAGCCUUUUCUGGCAAGAAACCAUAACUCCAAGAAAAAUAUCCAGUUUGUGCAGAGAAAAUCUUUUUCUCAUUUGCACAUUACCGUUCCCUGAUAUAUAUCUUUUUCGUGAGAGCAGAACUAAUAGUGACUUCUCUUUGCGCUGUGCAUGAUAUGGGCUUUGGCUUUUAGAGAGAGGUGGGUUGGCAGUGGCAUUGUUAUCUCCUUGUUCCAAAUAACUUUAUUUCACCUUAUUUUUUCAUCAUAUUGUCAUUACAGAAAAAAAAAAACACAAAACCAAAACAUUAAAAGAAAAAAAUCUACAUAGCCUUUCCCCCUUUCCCAUGAUCUGGUAAAGCCCAUCUGUUUCCUGCCUCCACUACGUACUUUAAAUAUGUGCAGCUUUAGAGGAUGGGUUAAUAGAGGCCCAUAGAGCUUGGAAUUCACAAACAGGCUCCAAGGAGUGACAGAGCCACGUAGCUUCACAUUUUACAAAAUCAAGGACAUUUGGCCAUGGGGUAGGGGUGGGAGUUUAUGCCAAAUUAAAAAAAAUCUUGUUUCUGGAGUUGGUAGGGAAUUGAUAAUUCCUGCCUUUAGUCACCCCUUCUCUUUCUUAUUAAGGCUGAUACUAAGAAGGAUUCUGUGAACUCCUACUAGCCUCCUGAAAUGUCUGGUGGCAUCUUUCUCCAUCUCUGCCAUUUUUACACUGUAAAGAAACAGCAAAAAUGGCACUUCCAGAUCUUUGUAUGCAGGCUGGAGGUGGUUAAAGGAAGUUGCUGAAGGCUGUGUUCACCUAACUUCCCUUAAAUAAAUGAAUGGUCAUGCUCACAGUCAA